UAGUGGUCCGACGGGCAUGACGGAGAGAAAGUGGGUCACCGACUGGUUUAUGUCACUCUUCUGUUUCCGUGGCGUUAAAACCGACGUUCAAUGGAGACACCGACCCUCCAGCUGCUAGAGAGACGAGUCCCACCGGCCACCUGAGGAUCGGGUCCACUCAGACCACGUCGUCCCGUCCUGCUGUUUCCGCCUGAAUCCGACUUCCCUGAGAACCAGACCGAUCCGGAUCCCGCCGGGCCCGCGCUCCAGGCCUCCUCCAGUUUCCGAUCCAGGCGAGGGCUGAAGAGUGGAUGGAAGGAGAUGAUUUUAACACAGAGGCUGUGAUGAACAUCUGUGAUGACCUGAUGGCAGACCAAAGGAUGGACAUCUCGUCUACCAUGACCGACUUCAUGUCCCCCGGCUCCACCGACCUCAUCUCCAGCUCCAUCAGCACGCCCGGCAUGGACUACACCCGCAAGAGGAAGGGCAGCACCACCGACUACCAAAUCGAUGGAUUCUCAUUCGAUGACAUGGACCCCGAUAAGGACAAACUGGGCAGUGACCAGCAGGGCCGGAUUAAAAAUGCCAGGGAGGCUCACAGUCAGAUCGAGAAGCGGCGGCGGGACAAGAUGAACAGCUUCAUCGACGAGCUGGCGUCCCUGGUGCCCACCUGCAACGCCAUGUCCCGCAAGCUGGACAAGCUGACGGUGCUGCGCAUGGCGGUGCAGCACAUGAAGACGCUGCGAGGUGCAGCGAAUCCGUACACAGAAGCAAACUACAAACCCUCCUUCCUGUCAGACGACGAGCUCAAACACUUGAUACUGCGAGCCGCAGACGGCUUCCUGUUCGUGGUCGGCUGCGAUCGCGGGAAAAUCCUCUUCGUCUCUGAAUCCGUCUACAAGAUUCUCAACUACAGUCAGAACGACCUGAUUGGCCAGAGUCUGUUCGACUACCUCCACCCUAAGGACAUAGCGAAGGUCAAAGAGCAGCUGUCCUCCUCGGACACGGCUCCCCGCGAGCGUCUCAUCGAUGCUAAGACCGGCCUCCCCGUGAAGACGGACAUCGCGCCCGGCCCGUCGCGGCUCUGCUCCGGCGCCCGCCGCUCCUUCUUCUGCAGGAUGAAGUGCAACCGGCCGUCCGUCAAGGUGGAGGACAAAGACUUCCCGUCCACCUGCUCCAAGAAGAAAGCAGACCGUAAGAGCUUCUGCACCAUCCACUCCACCGGCUACCUGAAGAGCUGGCCGCCCACCAAGAUGGGGCUGGACGAGGACAACGAGCCGGACAACGAGGGCUGCAACCUGAGCUGCCUGGUGGCCAUCGGCCGGCUGCACCCGCACAUCGUGCCGCAGCCCAGCCUGGCCGACAUCCGGGUCAAGCCCACCGAGUACGUGUCCCGGCACGCCAUCGACGGGAAGUUCGUCUUCGUGGACCAGAGAGCCACGGCCAUCCUGGCGUACCUCCCCCAGGAGCUGCUGGGAACCUCCUUCUACGAGUAUUUCCACCAGGACGACAUCGGACACCUGGCAGAGUGCCACCGGCAAGUCCUGCAGAUGAGGGAGAAGAUCAACACCAACUGUUACAAGUUCAAGAUCAAGGACGGCUCCUUCAUCACGCUGCGGAGCCGCUGGUUCAGCUUCAUGAACCCCUGGACCAAGGAGGUGGAGUACAUCGUGUCCACCAACACCGUGGUCUCGUGUCCCAUGAUGGAGGGUUCAGACUACCCUCAGUCCGCUGCGUCUCCUCAGAGUAUGGACAGCGUCCUCACCUCCGAGGGCGGAGGGAGGCGGGCCCUGCAGACGGUCCCAGGAAUCCCCGGAGGGACUCGAGCCGGAGCCGGGAAGAUCGGACGGAUGAUCGCAGACGAAGUGAUGGAGAUCCAGAGGAUCCGAGGCUCCUCCCCCUCCAGCUGUGGCUCCAGCCCUCUGAACAUCACCAGCACCCCUCCGCCCGACACCUGCUCCCCGGGGGGCAAGAAGAUCCAGAAUGGCGGCACCCCGGACCUGCCCAGCACUGGGAUCCUGCCGGGCCCGGACUCGGUCGGCUACCCGUACUCCAACCAGUCCAUCAUGAGUGAUAACUCCCACCUGAGCAUCGACAUCAUGGACGAGCCAGGCUCCAGCAGUCCCAGUAACGACGAGGCGGCCAUGGCGGUCAUCAUGUCCCUGCUGGAGGCGGACGCCGGCCUGGGGGGGCCGGUGGACUUCAGCGACCUGCCCUGGCCUCUGUGA